AUGACGCAGCCUCAGCCCUUCCCGCGGCUCGUCUCGGCACGCGACUGGAUGCGCGAAUUCUUCCUCGGCGUGAGCGAGCCUCACCUCCUCGCCGACCGGGCUCGCCACGUUGUGUGCGAUGGUGGCGGCGAGCUCUGCUUCCGCCACGCCGAUGGCGAGACCCUGUGGCGCGCGGGCCGUUUCGAGUGUCCGACCGUCGCUGAGCUGAGACGGCGCCUCGCGGAGCAGCAGCACGUCGCGGUGGACGCGCUUCCAAUCACAGUCGCAGACGGCGUCGACAUCGGCCGCCUGCAGGCGUCCCUCACGACCGAAGACCGCGCGCUGGUGCAGGUCGCGAGCAAUUUCAACGCGCUGGAGGUGCCCUCACGUGGCGUUCCGCCCGACUACGGCGGGCUCGUGACCGGUUACGCGACCGACUCCACGCAGGGGCCCGCCGCUUCCUUCGGCGUGCCUGCCGCGAGCCUGCUGCGCGCUCACUUCCCGUUCUUCGACGGCGCCGCGCCCGCCUCCUCGUGGGGCCAGACGGCGGAGCGGCAGGACGCCGCCGCGGCCGUGGCGGCGCUGUCGGGCCGCAUCCGCGUGGGCUGGCACGUCGACGCCGAGGUCGUCUUCGACCGCGGGCCGUCGCGAGGCACGCUGGCGCUGCUGCCGGAGGGGGAGCGGCCUCUGGUGGACCAGGUGCUCAGCGCGGCGGUCAACCUCAACGACCCGCUCAACGCGCCGCGGAGCGACGCGCGGGAGACCACGCGGCGGCUGGUGGCGGCGGCGCUGUCCGCGGCGUACGAGGGCGCCUACCUCGCGGCCGCCCUCCGCGGGAACCGGCUGCUGCUGCUCACGCUGGUUGGGGGCGGCGUGUUUGGCAACGACGAGGCGGCGAUCCUCGACAUAUUACCACAUUAUCGCCGAGGCGCACGCGCGGUGGGCGCCGUGCUCGUCGCUUAG